UAUGGCUCUCGGACUAGUGUGUCGGCGUUGCCCAGCUUGCCCAUGGACCAUCCCAAGGAAGAGAGCCGUCCAGAAGCGGACCACUCGGAACAUUUCGAACCCCCAACUCCAGAGACAAGUUAUGUUGAGUUUGACUUCAGCUCACAAUCCAAAGAAGAUCUACUGUCGUUUUCGGAGAAGGUUAUCAGCAAUCGUAACCAAUCUCAAGAACAACUAGAGGAACAUCCAGAAGCCGAACACGUUCAAUUGGAGCCAGUUGAUGAUGAUUUCUUUUCGUCAUCAUCACACAACUGGAAGUCAAUGAAAACCAUCACCGAGCUUGAUUACUACGAUGAAAGAGGAGAACUAGAGUUUAAGUCAUCAGCCAACAGAUUUGAUUCUUUAGAUAACAGAGCUGGUUCUCGUGGUUAUACUAAGAUAGAUACUGAAGAGCAAGUCACGAAGUACUCAGAAUUAGACAAGAAAACAGAUUUUCUCUUCAAAACCAGUCCGGAAAAACUGGCCUAUGAUUCUGAUGAAGACGAAGAUGAAGAUGACGAGAAUUCGGACGAGAAGUUGGAAACAACCAAAAACAUGUUGACUGAAUCGCAAAAGUUUGGAUAUGUUGGAAUUGCUAAAUUAAUCACGGUGGAAAUGGCAACAGAGCUAGCUAAAAUUAAGUUGACCACCUCAAGCAAGGUGGCUAAGACAAUGAGUUCUGGCCAAAGAAACUUUUCCAACUGGACUAUGUAUGUCAUGACCAAAUUGUACGAUCACUUGGAUCUUACGGAAGAAGAGAAGAAGAUGAUCGAAAAUUUGAGUGCACACGGGGUAGAAGUUUCAGAUUUAUCUAGCAGUUUCGUCGAUGCUGCACUCAACGAUGAUAAGAAUAGUGUAGCCUACCGAAUGGCAGAAAAGUAUCCUGGAUUCAGCUUAAAAUGGGUUCUUGUGUGUGAUUUGUUCAUGGUUUUGAUGAGUGAUGGGUACUACGAUAGUAGGUCGAAUACUUUGCUAGUUGAAUUUGCAACCAAACUUGGCAUCACUAACGUGGAAAUUUUGCAAUUCCAAAGAAGGUUAUUGGAAAGCUUGGAAUUUGCCACCAACGAAAAGUCUAUCGAGAACAAGGACGAGCUUUUGACCGACAAGCUGUUCAUUGACAAGCACAUCAAGAAAAACAGAAAAAAGAGACUAGCAUACAUAGGAUUGGCCACAUUAGGUGGGUCUUUAGCCAUAGGAUUAUCUGCCGGCUUAUUAGCACCUGUCAUUGGUGCGGGUUUAGCGGCCGGUCUUACUACAGUCGGAAUCACUGGUACUGGUGGUUUCUUGGCAGGAGUGGGAGGAAGUGCCAUUAUUACUACUGGUGGAGUAUUUGCAGGUGCAAAAGUUGGUAACAAAGCUGGGGCCCGGAGACUUGGGGAUGUUCAUACCUUUGAACUUAAGCCUCUACAUAAUAACAAAAGACCCAAUUUGAUUAUUACCAUCAGUGGAUGGAUGAACGGUAAACUAGAUGAUGUGCGGUUGCCUUUUUCCACGGUGGACCCUGUGAUGGGAGAUAUGUUCUCGUUGCUUUGGGAACCCGAGAUGUUGCAGUCCAUGGGGCAAACCAUCAAUAUUCUUGCUACUGAAGCUUUGAGUACAUCCAUUCAACAGAUAUUGGGUGCUACUAUUUUGACUGCUUUGAUGUCUGCCAUCCAAUUACCCAUGGCUCUUUCUAAGUUGUCGUACUUGUUGGACAACCCUUGGAACGUCUCCUUGGACAGGGCCUGGAAAGCAGGCAAGAUUUUGGCCGACACUUUGAUCUCAGGAAACAUGGGGGUGAGGCCCAUCACCCUUGUGGGGUUCUCUUUGGGUGCCAGACUCUUGUACUCGUGCUUGAUCGAAUUGGCUAAAAGAGGUGGAUACGGUUUGAUCGAGAACGUGAUAAUCUUGGGUAACCCUAUUGCAGUCAAAGUGGAUCAAAUGGCUUUGGCAAGGUCAGUGGUUAGUGGAAGGUUCGUCAACGGAUACUCCAAGAAGGAUUGGAUUUUAGGGUACUUAUUCAGAGCUACAGGCGGGGGUAUUCUGUCGGUUGCAGGAUUGUCGCCAAUUGAGAAUGUUUACGGUGUUGAAAACGUUGACUGUACUGAUCUUGUUGAGGGCCAUAUGUCGUAUAGACAGGCCAUUCCUAAGAUUAUGAAGAAAAUGGAUUGGGAAGUGUUGAGCGAGGAGUUCGCUGAAAUCGAAGAGCCAGACCCAGAGCAAGGAGAAAGAACUCGGCAGUUAAUUAACGAAUUUGAUGAGGCAAGGGCCAAGAUGAAGGAAGAGAUGGAACAGGAAACAGAAAAGAAGAAAACCUGGAAAGACUGGUUCAAGCCGAAGCAAAAGGACUGGUGGGAUAUCGCACUGAAGGAAAAAGCAGGACGAGAAACGCCAGCUGCUGACGCCACCAACGACAGGUUGGACGAAUACGACGAAAAUGUGGAGAGAACCGAUGUUCCCAUCUUCGAUGUGGGUGCGUUGAUGUCAGAAAUCAACGAUAUUGAACAUCUAGCAGGAGAGGGCGAGGAGGUGUUAAACCAAGCCCGUGAAAACGUAGACACCUCGAACAAGGUAUUAACGUCUAAUGAGGAUAAAGAGGAAGUGGAAGAUAAG